AUGGAUAACCAAUCAUCAUUCCUUCCAACUCAAGCUCGCUUUCGUCAGACCGAUUCGAUCGAGCCUGAAUUCAAUCCGCCAGCCGACGACAUCGACGCAUUUGCGGCAGAGCUUGCUCGAAGACUGUCGCGCCUAGAACCUACCUCGGCCGAAUCCUCAUAUCUGGAGGACGACAGUUCAGACGACGAGGAAGAAACUACCGACGAGGAACUUCCUACGGACAAGUCUGCCACGAACGAGGAAACCCCCACCGAAAUGGCUCCUCAGACAACAGUGAAGCAGCUGCAUGAACGACUCGACCACGAUGUGUCUCAGCUCGUGCAGCGCUUCGAGAACAUCCUGGCUCUUGCAGCUGCCGAGAACACCAGCCACACAGCGACGGCUGUAGAGGAGAACCAGAUGGAGGUGGAGUCUUCUGCCUUGGUCCGCUCCGCCGAAGAUCUCCUGGCCAUGAGUCGAACCGUCAAGGAAAUGUGGUUUUUUGGCAACCUCGACACUCUCGGCGAGGACGACCAUGAUCGCGAGCGCAAUGAAAAGCUCGAGGAGAGUGUUCGCGCGGUCGAAAAGGCCGUGGACGAGGGCGUACUGUCGAAGCUUGUGCCCAAGGAAAAGAAGGAGCGAGACUGA